GAAAUGCAGUGUGCCGGGGAAUGAGGGGAACUAUUUAGUGCGGAUGGAUACCUUCAAUGACGUGGCAGGCGCUCUAAUAUAUAAAAGGGAUUUUGAGCGUCCGUUGUAUAGAACUUGAGUGGAAGACGCGAGAAGUUGAGCGAGCCGAUAUAUUCACAGCCAAUCGUAUAAACAUGCAGAUCUUUGUGAAGACCCUCACUGGAAAGACCAUCACCCUCGAGGUUGAGCCCAGUGACACCAUUGAGAAUGUCAAAGCUAAAAUCCAGGACAAGGAAGGCAUUCCCCCUGACCAGCAGAGGUUGAUCUUUGCUGGCAAACAGCUGGAAGAUGGCCGCACACUGUCAGACUACAACAUCCAGAAAGAGUCCACCCUCCAUCUUGUCCUGCGUCUCAGGGGUGGCAUGCAGAUCUUCGUGAAGACCCUCACUGGCAAGACCAUCACCCUCGAGGUUGAGCCCAGUGACACCAUUGAGAAUGUCAAAGCUAAAAUCCAGGACAAGGAAGGCAUUCCCCCUGACCAGCAGAGGUUGAUCUUUGCUGGCAAACAGCUGGAAGAUGGCCGCACACUGUCAGACUAUAAUAUUCAAAAAGAGUCCACCCUCCAUCUUGUCCUGCGUCUCAGGGGUGGCAUGCAGAUCUUCGUGAAGACCCUCACUGGCAAGACCAUCACCCUCGAGGUUGAGCCCAGUGACACCAUCGAGAAUGUCAAAGCCAAAAUCCAGGACAAGGAAGGCAUUCCCCCUGACCAGCAGAGAUUGAUCUUUGCUGGCAAACAGCUGGAAGAUGGCCGCACCCUCUCUGACUAUAAUAUUCAAAAAGAGUCCACCCUCCAUCUUGUCCUGCGUCUCAGGGGUGGCAUGCAGAUCUUCGUGAAGACCCUCACUGGCAAGACCAUCACCCUCGAGGUUGAGCCCAGUGACACCAUCGAGAAUGUGAAGGCCAAAAUCCAAGACAAGGAAGGCAUUCCCCCAGACCAGCAGAGGUUGAUCUUUGCUGGCAAACAACUAGAAGAUGGUCGCACCCUGUCUGACUACAACAUCCAGAAAGAGUCCACCCUCCAUCUUGUCUUGCGUCUGCGAGGUGGCAUGCAAAUCUUUGUGAAGACCCUCACUGGCAAGACCAUCACCCUCGAGGUUGAGCCCAGUGACACCAUCGAGAAUGUCAAAGCCAAAAUCCAAGACAAGGAAGGCAUUCCCCCUGACCAGCAGAGGUUGAUCUUUGCUGGCAAACAGCUGGAAGAUGGCCGCACACUGUCAGACUACAACAUCCAGAAAGAGUCCACCCUCCAUCUUGUCCUGCGUCUCAGGGGUGGCAUGCAGAUCUUCGUGAAGACACUCACUGGCAAGACCAUCACCCUUGAGGUUGAGCCCAGUGACACCAUUGAGAAUGUGAAGGCCAAAAUCCAGGACAAAGAAGGCAUUCCCCCAGACCAGCAGAGGUUGAUCUUUGCUGGCAAACAACUAGAAGAUGGUCGCACCCUGUCUGACUACAACAUCCAGAAGGAGUCCACGCUCCAUCUUGUCCUGCGUCUGCGUGGUGGCCAGUAGUUGGUCACAAUUUCACGUUUGAUAAAGUUGAAUAUAGUAUUCUGAAUUUGGCAUUCGCCAUGACCAAAUGUUCAUUGCAUUCUUGGAAUAAAUGAUUGAAC